CGCGCUUGUGCAAUAACAGGAACAAUUUCGUAAAACCACCAAAAUUAUUGCGUAAAUAUUAACGAACAACCCUGUGAAAGAGUUCCCCACUACCGAAUAGGUGAGAGCUUCCCUGUGUGAGUUCCUCCCUGUUCCGGGAUCUGUGUGAUAGUGUUUGUUGCAUCCAGUGCUGACAAAUUUAAUUCAAUGCCAUUUCCAAAACAAUACGACCUAAAAUAACACUCAAUACCGGUCGUCGGGAAAUUUCCAGAAUUUCUCGAACAAUCCAGAACAAUCUUUGUACUGGGAAGCAUAAGAAAAUGUAUAUCAAAAAAACACUCAUAAUUGGAAAAUGAUCUGAAUAAUUUGAAUCUGUUUUUGAAGAAGCAUUAUAAUUUGUAACAUACUUUUCCAAGAUUUAGAGAAACUUUAUUUAGUAGAACUUUUAUAACAGAUAGGUAAAAAGAUAACAAAUAGUAUUGAAAUAUGAAAUGAAAUUCUAUAUGACAGAAACCAUGAAAUAGAUCAAGAAUUGUGCAAAAAAGUAUAGAAAAUUGAACAGAACGUAGCUGAAAAACUCGUCACAUCAGUAACGAAAUGAAGAGGACAUUCUAUUGCGAGACACUUUACAAUGGUCAAGGAAAACGUGUCAUCAACAUAAAUGCCGGUGUACCGCUGUUUACGAACCAAAAUAAACACAUGCGAUUAGAGUGGAACACAUGGGGCAAUGUGUGACCGCCCCUACCAAGGAGACGAAGUGCGAAAACAUUGGAUGUCGUUAUAACAUUCAGUCGGAAUGUAAACGGGCAAAUGUAUAUACAACUAGACGUACGAUAGAUUCAAACAACACCAAGAAUAUCCGAUCUCUGAAAACAAAACCCAGAAUAUGAAGAUAUUCACUAUUGCUGUGAUCGAUUGCUGUGGUUAACCAAAUGGAAGAUUACAGCGAAGUCGUCUUGAGGGCAUUCUUCUGGUUCAAAUUUUCGCAUACCUGUCCUGGUGACGCCAUCUCUAAUCCCUAAUCCCAUUUAACACUGCCCACGUAAGCAACGCGGUGUUCCGUACGCGAAAAGGGGUGAAACGGUCAGGCCAUAAUCGGCCUGAUAAUCGAUCGAGUCGACCGUGAAGCGAGAACCAUUUCCAUUCCACUGCUGGGUCAAAUUGCGGAAGUUGUACACACCACGAAAAGCCACGCACCACAGGGAAUUUAGAACGAUACGGAUAGAAAGAGAAAGGAUGAAUGGUGUGAAUUGUGCCCCGUUUUUUCCAUACGGCAUCUUCAGGUACAUUUGAUGAAACAACGGCGGCGCACUGAUUGCCAAAAGCCGCAAUGUGCGUCGCAAUGGUGGUAUGAUUGAUAAGAUAAACCGAUCUAGAAUGCCGCACGAUACCGAUCGGCAAUGAGCGAAGGUGUCGCUCAUCACCUCCAACACAAUAUAUCUGCACCUGCGAACGUAACAGGGAAGAAAGAGGUGUAAAAUGGACGAUGAACCUGAGCUUGAAUGCGAUGAGGUAGAUGAAGAUAGCUGCACCAUAAGUCAGUUGAUAUGGUUCGUUGCAGUCCGCGGUCAGUAGUUACUGCAGCGUCGCCGAGUCCGGUUCGCUCAGCUUAUCCAACCAGUCAACGUUUUUUGUUCCCGGAACCCGUUACGACGAUCAAUCGGAUUUGCAGAUGGAAUCCAACAGCACUCAAUCAGACCCUUGUCAGCCAGAUAUGCCUGAGCCGGAGAUGGCAGUUGUGCGGAUGCGGUCUCUAGAGGAACCCCAAUCACCGAGCAUCCGGUCGGAUCUAUCCGAAUGUCGCAAGUCGUCACUGUACGUGUACGGUGACGGUCAGUUCAGUAUUACGCUCAAACACUACGACAGUAUUGUGAGCGAGGUGAAGUGUCCGGGAUGUGCGGAACCCAUGGAUGGACCCAUCACCAUGUGUGGCACCGGUCACAGUAUCUGUGCUAUCUGUCGUGUUAAGCGGGGCACCUGUCCCCUGUGUGGAGAUCGAGUUACCGAGCUGCGUAACUACACGCUGGAAGCCAUUGUUUCCAAGGUACAGUUCCCUUGCAAAAAUGCCACCAAGGGCUGUGCCGUACGACUUCCUCUGCAGCUGUUGCGCUGGCAUAGAGAACGGUGCGGUUACAAGCUUAUCGAGUGCUUCAUGGGUAAGGUUUGGGGAUCGUGCGGAUGGCAUGGCUGUGAGCGAGAUUGGAUGAGCCACUGCCUGGAGGCACACGCCGAUCACGUGCACCAGGAACCGACGGUGGAGCUUCGCUGGGAGUUCGGAGCAGAAGCUAGUCAACGCGCCUCCGAAUUGCAACUGGUAGUCGCCUAUCACGUACUCCGUGCCUACGGUGAAUCCUUUAACCUAUACCAAGUGUACGAUCAGGACAGUAGAACCGUACUGUGGACGGUUAUAUGUGCUACUAAAGAGUCGAAAGUUAGUGCUCGAUUCGCGUUUGAGCUGGAACUAUAUUCACCAGUCGACAGUUGGAAGCUGUUGGUCCAGCGCUUCCCAUGCCAUUCGGAACUCGAUCCAGACUUCCUGAAGGAUGGCCACUGUGCUAAGAUUCCACUCGCUGAUGCGCUGCGUUUCAUGACGGAAGAAAAGGUUUUACACUACCGAGUACGAGUCCUUGAGGUAGGCCCUUCACGUAGCCAAAGCCUAAUGAAGUUAAGCAAUGGGAUGGGAAGCACCGCAUCAUCAUCGCACCUACCAACCAACUACUGCUGCAAGCACAUCGAAAAUGUUAACCUGAAGGCGGUCCCCGAAGGGAACAUCAUCUGUAGAAAGCAGCAGCCAUCUAUCAACACCGAUCCGGCAUCCGCUCAGGAUGAUGAUGAAGUUUUUCUGCCCUACGCGGAUGCUGAUGAUGUGACAAUCGACGACACACUCGGCCGAUCAGUGCGGGCUCAAUGUGAGCCUAAUACGCGAAGUCGUUCGUCGAGUCUGAGAUUGGCCACAUCCGUUCCGAUGUUGGCGCAACCGGUCCAACGUGAUGAUGCUGAACCCCAUCAGGAGGUCGAAUUGCAACCGAUCCAACAAUUGGUGCGCGUUAAAAUUGCUGAACGGGAGCAAGCGGUGAAGAUGCACGCUCAGUACACCGCGCGGAAAUCUUCGGCAAAGACAAACGGCACUGUAGAACGGGGUUCUAGCGAGAGCCUCGCUCUGAAACCUUCAAAGGGCACGGGAUUAUCAAAGUUUUACAACGUCACCAUGUACAAGGCAGCCAAAUUUCUUGACAAAAAGGGCAUUAAGUGAAGAGCUUGAUAAACUGGCCUGCUUUAGCGUUAGUGCUUAGAUUAGUGUGUUAAACUAAUGCAUUUUAACAAAGGUUUUGUCGUAAUAAACCACGUAGAUUAGUCUUUAA